CGGCGGGAGCGGCGGGGAUGGACCCCACGCGGGAGCAGCCCGGAGGCGGGGGGCCCACCAGCUCUGAGCAGAUCAUGGAGACAGCGGCCCUUUUGCUUCGGGGUUUUAUCUGCGAUUAAAUAGGACCAGCCGCAGAAUAUGUACCUGAGCUGGCCCUAGAGCAGGUGACCCAGCACCCAUACAUCAAAGAACUGCUGGAAGUUCUCAAGCGCAUCGCACAACAGGUGUACAAGGACAAGCACAAGGAGCUGCAGAGGUGGUCUGAAACUCUCAGAGGCUUCACUUUUAGCGGAUUUUCUCAAGUGGCACGCGAAAUAUUUUCAGGCGGCAUCACCUGGGGCAAAAUUGUCACCCUUUUCUGCUUUGCCAGCAAACUGCCACAACACAAGUUCCUGCACGUCUCUUUGGCGCCGAUCGACGUCAUCAUGGACAUGACGCUGCUCAUCAUUCGAAAGCUACUGUUGCCCUGGAUCCAGGAACAGGGUGGCUGGGAUGGCCUCCUCUGGAAACAUGGAGAGACACUCAAGUGGACGGCAGGAGGGGCAGAUACACUCAAGUGGACAGCAGGAGGGGCAUUGGCCAUCGGGACGGGACUGCUUGCCUUAUUCGUACUCUGGUGAAAAUAGCCUGAGGCCCCAGCUGCCUUCAUCUCUGUCUUUUCAGCAUGAAUAUGGCAUGUUUCCAUGAAGGCUGAGGCUAGAGGCCCAUCCUUCCUUUUCUAUUGCCACUCCUUCUGCCUGUUGCUUCCCUCUGUUCCAAAUCAUUCAAGUUUCGCUUCAUAGUGGGGUACUUAGCCCCUUGGGCCACCAGGGAGGCCCAGAUGGGUUCAUUUUUCACACCCUGAGGCAGAAUGGGAAACCCGCAAUUCUUCCUAUUGUCCUUCACCCAAGACCUUCCUAGGUCAGCCUUCAGGGCCCUUUGUCUCUGGGAAUCUUAGCUGAUCUCCUCAACAUCACUUAAUUCCCCCUUUCAUGGCCCUUUCUCUGUUUACAAAGGUUCUUCCUCUUCCAGCUUGGUAAUUCAUUUCUUUUUUUUUUUAAAAAAGAUUCAUUUUAUUGAUUCAUUUAAAGAUUCAUUAUUUAUGCAUACAAGAACUGGGCUGUAAGCCAGAGAUGUGGGGGGGUGGUGAGAGGAUUCACCAGAGACAGAGUGGGGAGCAGAACAGGCAGACGGACUGAAAUACAUUGCUGAGGGGAGCAGCGGGGAGACAGGAGAGGUCUGCUGCGCCAUGUGGGUAGCUCCCUGGCCAGGGAUCAAACUUGUGCAGCAGUGGCUGGUGAUAGCUUGAUUGUGCUGAGACUUUAACCCCUGCGCCACCAGGGAGACCCUUAACAGAUUUUAAAAUAUGUGUGCACUCAAACAAUCACCACACAGAUCAAGCACAGUUGGGACAACCUGGCAGCCCUUCUUGGGGCCCCAAAGUUCCACACGCUGCCAAUCUAGCACCGUGGAUUUUGCGACUUUUUGAACUUCAUGUUCCUGUUGUUCACACAGACCCCCGGGAUUUAGGCGUCUGAAAUGUGCUGCCUCAGUGAAUGCCCUUGCUGAGCCGUGGGGGGUCUCUGACAGGCGCUCAGAGGUCCUGCCUUGGAGACAACGCACCCCCACCUGUGGCUGCCUGCAGGAGCGGAAGUUCUCUACGGUGUGUCGCACAGGCCACAGGCAGGGCGGGGUGCUGGGCUGCUGGCCCGAAGCUGGCUAAUUUAUUUGGCAGCAGUUGGUAGAGCCUUUGGCCAGUCAAGCGAGGGGAUAAAGGCGAGACCUCAGUCUUGAAGGACAGAGUCAGUGGAGAGAGCAGCAGCCGAACCGGUUCCCCAGAGCGUUGUCCUUGAUCUCUCGGGAACACGUUGUUCGAUCUUUAGGCACAACAGUCCAGACACCCCGCCCCUCCUUCCUCCUGCAGGGCCCACCAGCUCAUGGAGCAGAUCAUGGAGACCGUGGCCUCUUUGCUUAAGUGUUACAUCUGCGAUGAAAUAGGACCAGCCGCAAAGGAUAUAGAUGAGCUGGGCCCAGAGCCGGAGUCCGAGGACAUCAAAAAACUGAGGAUAGUUCUCAAGCUCGAGGCACAAAAAGUGGACAUUGACAAGAUGCUGCAGAGGUCAAUCACAGCAUUGGAAGGAGUCCACACAGCUGCCAACUUUUUCCAGGUGGCAGGACAGAUCAUUUCAGACGGCAUCACCUGGGGCCGGGUUGCUGCCCUUUUCUGCUUGGCCAGCAAACUGGCACUCCAGACAAGCAAUGAGCCCAACAAGAUCAAGAACAUCAUGGUGUUCACACUGGAUUUAUUUCGAGAGCAACUGCUGCCAUGGAUCCAGGAACAGGGUGGCUGGGAUGGCCUCCUCUUGAAAAUGGAGAUACACUUAUGUUGACGGCAUCACUAACGACUAUCAUCGGGGCCGGACUGCUUGUCUUAUGCAACCUUCUGCAAAUUUAGGCUGAUGCCCCAGCUGCCUUGAUCUCUGUCUUUUCAGGAUAAAUAUGGCAUGUUUCCGUGAAGGAUGAGGCUAGGGACCAUCUUUCUUUUUUUUAUUGCCACCCCUUCUGCCUGUUGCUUCCCUCUGUACCUAAUCAUUAAAGCUUCGCAGGGAGAACCCCCAACGCUCAUGGCAUUUUUCUUACUUUUGGAAUUAUUGGGCGAUUGGGGUGAUCUGGGGUAAUAAAACUUUCAGGCCACACUUCCUGUCUGGGUCAUUGGGCUCACUCCCUGGUUGGUUCCAUCUCUUUACUGGGGGGGCCCGGUGCUCCCUGAGGGUCAGUGAUGAGCUGGGUCCAGGCUGCCUCCAGGUGCCCACAGUCCCGACGGCACCUCCAUGGCACCCUAGACUGUGGGGCUGGAGGCAGCGCUGGGCCAGCUCCGCUCCCUCUGAGGAGCUGUGGUUUGAGUCCUCUUGGUUGAUCCUUUUGCUCCCAGAGGAGGUCUUUGUUUUCUUUGCUCUGUCUCUAUGUCGUUUAUCCUAAAGAGGAAAAAAACAUGUGUCACGUGCAUAUAAAGGAAAGCUGUUGCUAAAGAAAUCUGGAAGACGAAAAGCCACAGAUGUGGUGGACCCAGGUGGAAAGUUAAAAGCCACAGGACACUUGCCACCAGAAUGCACCUGGGAGAGGAUAAAUCAUCACAGAACAGGUCAGAUCGACAGUAGAUCACCUGUCAACAUGAAGAAAAUUCAGGGAAACCAGGUAGGCCAUGAGCGCUUGGCUCUGGGCCUCCAUGAGACCUGCCAUCUGGAAGGAGCAUUUUCCAGGAUGCUCCAUUGGCUGACAGUCCAAAAUCAUCUGGGAUCCACACUCCUCUUGGGGGCCUGGGUACCCUCUCAGGGGAGUUCUUUGACCUCCGCUUCUUGUGUGCAUGCUCGCCACCUACUGGCACUGCCUCGAAAUGCAGGACUUAGAUCAUUCUGGGGCAUUCAGCUGAGGAAGGUGCAGAACAGCUGGUGUUCACCAAUUCUAAGCCAGGAAGUUACCAACCAGGUUUUUUCCUUUAAAAUGGCUGGUUGGGGACCUCCCUGGUGGCAUAAGGGGUUAAGCACAGCACUAGGAAGCUUUCUUCAGCCUCUGCAGCACGAAUUCGAAUUCGAUCCCCGCCCUGGCAGGGAGCUACCCGCAUGUCACAGCAGACCUGUUCUGUCUCCCUGCUGCUCCCCUCAGCUGUGUAUUCCAGUCUGUUUGCCUGUUCUGUUCCCCACUCUGUCUCUGCUGAAUCCUCUCACCACACACACACCCACCCCAGUUCCCCGCUUCUCUGGUCUAUACCCCAGUUCUUAUAUGCAUAAAUAAAUAAACCUUUUUUGAAAAAAAAGAACAAAAAUUAAAAGGCUGCCUGGCUUGAGUCACUGGGGGAAUAAGUAUACGAGUGACCCUCCUACUAGCAAACGGUUGAGCAAUGUGU